UUAUGAAUGAUUAAGUGAGUAUCUCUGUCAUUGCAGGAUUUUAUCAUUUGUGUGGAGAUGUUUCUGGCUGCUAUUGCACAUCACUACAGUUUUUCCUAUAAACCUUAUGUUCAAGAAGCUGAAGAAGGCUCAUGCUUUGACUCCUUCCUUGCAAUGUGGGAUAUUUCUGAUCUAAGGGCAGAUAUCUCCGAACAGGUUCGAAAUGUGGGGAGGACAGUUUUGGGCCAGCCAAGGAAAAUGUUUUUUGCUGAGGAUCAUGAACAAAAUGAGCAUACAAGUUUGCUGUCUUCAUCUACUCAAGACCCAAUCUCUGAUGCUUCUUCAAUGCCAUCUUCACCCAUGGGUCACUAUCAGGGGUUUGGACACACUGUGACCCCUCUCACAACACCGACGACAGCCCCUGCAGUCGAUGGGAUUUUUAACCCUUCUGCCAGUCAGGAUGCUGAGGAAUCACCUGAACUAGAGAACAACUUAGCAGAGAAAGCUCUGGAUAAAAGUUAAACUUGCCUUUUCUUUGAAUGUGUCAAGGAAUCAUUACAUACUUGCCACAUGCGUCCUGUUAACAUGUACUGUUAAGGAUGGAAGUUGAAAAGCUUGGGAAAGCUGCUGCAUGGACAGGAAGAGGAUAUGGUAUGGCUGUAACUGACAUCGGAAUCCAGAAUCUAUAAUGGAUGUGAGCAUCUGUGAGUACCCCAUGGAUAUGAAACACGCACACUGUAAAGGUUUCUGCAUAAAUUUAAGCAUCAUCUCCUUAAACUGCUAAAUGCUUCCACAUCAUAUCAAAAUUACUCUAAAUUUCAUUAGUGCAAAAGAAACAUUUAAAAAAAAUCCUCUGCUCAUAUAAAAAUGAAGUGCAAGUACUACUAGCAAUGGCAAAACCUAAUUUCAAGAAUGUAUUUUAAGGAGAGCAGUAGUAAAAACUGUUUGUGUUAACUUUGCUUGUCUUAAUGAUGGUUAACUUCCAUGCCCAGUGCUGAAUGGAACGUGGGUGAAAUGAUAGCUUCUGUACAGAUGCCACCUUCUUUCCAUUCCUGCAUAGCUAAAUAAAGUCCCUUCAUGAAGAUAGUUACUACCAAGCAUUAGUAAAGAAACCCUACAAAGAAAACAUUCCCUGCAGGCCUUGCUAUCAAAGUCCAUGCCCAGAUCAUGUGGUUGGUGUAUCUGUUGUCUUUGAGGCUCAUAGUAUGUAAGUCUUUUAUAUCCAGAAGAGACAGCCAGGAUGGUAGGUUUUGGGUUAAUAUUUUACCUUGACUAUUCUUUUCCCUAGCUUCUAAAAUAAGAAUAAUGGUUACUUACCUUAAAAUAUAUAGAGGAGGAAUGAAGGAUAUUGAACAGGAAGUAAAAAAAAAAACUGAUUUCUUUAUUUUGGGCUGCAGUAAGUUCUUUAACACUUAAGUUUUUUUUAAGCUGUUAAAGCAGGAUAUCUUGUGUCUGUAGUAAUUUUUGUUCUUAGAUUUGUGUCUGUGUGUGAUUGUAUUAUGCUUCUAGUAUAGACUGGAUUCAAAUGUAAUAGCUAUUUUUUCUCCCCAGAGAAGAUCUUUGCUGAGGUAAAACUAUGUAGUAGUCUAAUACUGGAGUUACUAGGACUAGAUAUCAGCCCAAGAAGCAGUACACUUGUAUCAAAAUGUUACUUUGCAAAAACAGACAAUGUCAGAGAGGUAUUGUUUUUAUCCCAUUAUCAGAUUUUUACUAUUAUUGCAUGUUUGCAAUCUGACAAAAACAACCAAACCAGUAGAGCACUACUUUUUAAAUGACAAAAGCUUAAGUUUCUUUUUCAGCAUUGUUAGCAUUUCCAGGAUAAAUGUUUAACUUCUGGCUGUCAGUAAAUUCAUCUUAAGUGCUUUUUUUGCAGUACUAGUGUGAUGUAAAUAUUGCGCCUUACUCACUAGGCUGCAUAUUUUAUAGCUGAGUAUGUACUUGCUGUAUCUGAAGUUAGUGAGAAAGUGUAAAUCAUGAUUUUCAAUUUGCCAACUCAUUGCCUUUGUUGUAAAUAAGCAAUUAAAGAUUUUAUUUAAACUGUU